CUCGCUUGCCUCCGUCUCAGACUCUCAGUCCCCCACCCACCGCCCAGACAAGCAGACAAGACAGAACAAGACCACAUACCCACAGGGCCUGCAUUGCAUCUGCACAAGGACAUCCACUCACUGCCCAACGCGACCAGGCCCAGACAAGAACGGGUGGUCUUGGGGCCAGCCCGUCUGCCGAGCUGUGCACCGCGCACCCCUCACACACGCCGGCCGCCCUGUAAUUUCGAAGGGCCAUACUUGCACCACCACUUUGUCACUUGCCCGCCAUUGUACCUGCUUGACGGGACUGUGGUUCCUGGCCCGUCCCAAUUAAUUUCAACUGCAACCUGUCCGUCCAUCCAUGAGCGCGAACAGAUCCGAUCCCGUGUCGACUGGUCCAUCUAUUCCCACUUCCAGCCCGUACCCCUGAAGUCUACUUGUCCCAAUUCGACCCAAUCUUUUUUCCCUUCCUCUCACUCUCUCACUCUCUCACAUCUCUCAGUUCAGUUCCUUCUGUUCAUUCCAUUCGUUAUCGUUUUCCCCUGCAGGCUGUUCUUGAGCCCGCAUUGGCCUUUUUUUCUUUCUUCCUGCUCUAUGUUCGUGGCAUUCCCUGACGCCUGCCACGUUCAUCCCAAUCUUUACUUCUUCGAUACCCCCACACACCACGCCGCGAUAGCCUCCCCUCCCCUUCACCCACCGUCGCCAAGUCGUGGCCAGCCGCACCCAUUGCUCGACUCCACGCCCUGUGUCGCCUUGCGAUCCGUAAUCCAGCACCAGACUCAAACGAGAUUACUCCAGCUACUGCAACUUUCAGUCGAAUUGACCAGGUCGACGAUCCGUCCACUUUAAUUUUCCCGAGCACUGCUACCGAUCGCACCUAGCCUCGAUCGACCGAGACGCGUCCCGCCACCCUAUCGAGAGAUCGUCCCCUUUCACGUUCCCCCCUCCCCACCCCCCUCGCUGCCAACUCGUCGAAUGUCUCAUUGCCACGAGCCUCACAGAAAGACUUCCUUUUCCUGAGGCACGAUGGGCAUGUUUACUCGACGAAAGGGCAAGGACGGCAAGUCCAAGAAGAAGGGCGCAAAUGACGACGCCGACCAGCAGCCUGCAAAGCCAAGAUGGACCGAUGCAUGGGCCCGUACCUCGGUCGAGCCGGAGGAGGUCCAUGAGCUAGUCAAACGGUGCACAGAGGAGAUAAAGUCAAGAGCUCUCGAUCAGCCUUUCCUGUUACUGCCCUUCCGGCCGACGUCAGAUCCCAGCGCAGUGCGGACUUUCAUACGCCAUUUCUUCGACAACUAUGCACUUCGCGGCGAGACCUUGGCGCAGGAGCUGCGCAUGGCUGAGCCAAUGGUGAUCGCUGGCGCCAUCAAAUGGUGCUGGAGUCGCUUGCAAGGUGGCGUGGUCGGCUGGGAUGCCUACGAGCUGUUCAAAGUGGGUGAACAAGACUCCAAUAUGGCUCGGGACUCUUUCAAGACAUUCAUUCCGUUGAGCGUCGAGAAUGGCGCCCGGUCGAGCAUCAUCUUCAACUUCUUCGACUUGCUCGCCGCAGUCGCUGCACAUGGCAAGAUGAACGGUUUUGGUGGCCGUAAGCUGUCCCGAAUGGCAGCUUGGUGGGCUUUUGACCAUAGAGACACCGGCAACGGUUUUGACGGUGGAUAUAAGGAGUGGCUGAAGGCCGCCGACGCCACGAGCCACCUCUUCUUCGCCUACCUCAGGACGCUCGCCCCGCAACAACAGACCCCAGGUGCAAUUUCUAUGCUGCCCAUGUCACUUUCGAAGCUUCUCCAGGAGACCGAGUACCCGCCGAAGAGACCAGUGCUGAUGCAGUCAUCCACCUACAAAGUUGUGAUGAUCGUGGAAACCGUCUCACCCACUCCCUUUGCCCUCUUACGACGCGGAAAUCAUUUCCAGUACCGAGAGUCGUCUUUGCAGCAAUUCUCCGAGUACGAGGAUCCUGUGGCAGCCCUGACGGAAGAAUGUCGACGAGUCUUGCGAGCCGUCGCAGCCGCCAACCAGACUCAAUCCGUAUCCAGCUCGAAACACUCCACGGGCCUGCGCGACGCCUCUUGGUCGAGGUUUGAGGACAUAGGUUUCACGAGCACACUUGAUGAAGAGGACGAUUUUGAGAACCCACCGAUAAGUCCAGGCCCGCAGCGACAAGGUCUGAGAAAUGCCCCGGCUUCUGGUCCUGGUUUCGGUGGUAGACCUACCACCCCAUCUUGGGCUGAUUUCCUCUCAUCUGGUUUCGUUGACGACAGCGGCCACGGUCCCAACAAUGUCCUCCUACCGCCUGACAAAGUGCUUCCACCGAUCGAUACGAAUGUGCGCCAACGCUCUGCCCAGUCGCACAGGCCAAGACUAGAAUCCGGGCGUGAGGUCGAAGCUGGUGAGCUUGCCAGCAUCAACAGGGUCGACCUCGAUGAUGCGUUCUGGUGGGUGUGGAUGAUCAGCUUAGCGCCCGAAGAGACACCCGAGAGAAAGUCUGCCUUUGGACGCUGUGCGGUCAUCGAGACAGUCAUUCGAAGUGGGCGGUGGCUGGUGUUCGAGGAAGUCAUCAAGGGCGCCGCCCCCGAACCCCAGGAGGGCGCCUACGUUGCCGAGAAGAAGAGCUUCUUCAGCUGGACAAGGCGCAACAAGGACAAGGACAAGGAUAAGAGUGGUGUCUCCCGGCGGAAGUCUACCGCCGGCAAGAACGUCCUCGAGAAAGGCGAUGGCCACUUAAAGCCUAGCUCCACAACGGGUGCAAUCAGCAAGUCGAGCCUCGGCCCAGACCAGCAGGCCAAGAUCCAAGCCGCAGCGCAACAACUCCAGGCAAAGCAGGAGCGUGAAAGAAGGGAAGCAGGGCUGGCCCAAGGCAUUCGCCGCGGCCGAACUGACGCUGAGCUCAUGGCGGAGAAGACUCAGAGUGUGAUGACGCUGCAGCCGAUGAUCAUGAAAGAGGCCUCGCCGGCCAUGAAGUGGGCAAACAAAUACGACAAGGACUCUAUCCGAGACGCUUAUUUGGCGAACACGAGCGCUGGGCGUGGGAUUGGGCAGAGCACGAUGCAGACAAAUGGACAUCUAGGAUCAAACGGUUAUGGCGCGAUAGCAGAAGAGCCUUCGUACCCCUCUUCGCUUCUCCCGCCGCCUUCACCUUCGGCUCAGUCUCAGGAUCACCGGCAGGGGGCCCUGAGCCCUGCUCCGCCUAUGAAAGAAAACGGCCGCGACUCCCCGUUGCCUCCCAUCCCUAAGGAGGAGCCCAACAGUGUGGACCUGGCACGGGAAGACAUGAUUUCACCCGAGCCUGCCGAGACGUCUAGCCCCAAGGCACACAAGAAGUUGCACAAGGGCGAGAAGAAAGGCGGAUUUCGGAAACUGUUCGGACGUAACAAGCGGGUCUCACAGCUACCAGAGAAUGCGGCCGUGGAUAUGAGCCAGUUCCUCGCCCAGGAGCAGGGCAGACACACGCCAGAGCCCACGGCGCAUGAACAGCCCGAGACGCCCAAACAUGAGACUCCAAGGACGCAACCUGCUGAGACGCCAGCCACGCAGGCAACCCAGACAACCCAGCCUACCCCGCCUCCCCAAGCUCGUGACGAGCCGGUCUCGCCGGUGAACCACGAGCCAGCUUACGAGCCGUCGAUCCACGACGAUGUGUCCCGGGUCGACACAGCAGACGCGGAGGAAGCCCGGGACGAAUUCGCGCGCUUCGAUCAAGGACCUCUGCAAGACCAGCCGGCAUUUGUCCCGUCCGAUGAGGCAGAUGAAGAAGACGACGCGGCCCCUCCACCAAUUCAGCGCCACAGGUCACCGGCACCCCCAGAGCCAUCAUCUCAGCCCCAGGCCAAGCCUAAGCCCAAGUUCGAGCCUCAACAAGAGGGUCCUGCGCCUGCCAUUGAGCGAUGGGCACAGAUACGCAAGAACGCCGCUGAGCGUGCUGCGCAACAGAACCAGCGCCGUAGUGACGACCAGCACCGUCCAGGUGUCCCCAAGACAGAGCCAGAAUCAGACACCAGUGGUGAGGAGACCAUCGAGUCACGUGUAGCCCGGAUCAAGGCGCGCGUCGCCGAGCUGACCGGCAACAUGGAGGGUGUCCAGGGCCCCGGCUCGCGACCUCCAGUCCCGCGUUAGGAACCCGCGACUGAUCACGACAAGGCCGACACACAUGACUGGACGGGAAGCCUGUGACGGGCAUACCAAGACGACAUCAUCUGCCUGAACAGCUCACCUACCACGUCGGUCUGCAGAUAUAUCACCCUUUCUUUCGUCGCCAAUAUCGCCGCCGAUGCGGGCUGGGCUUCCUUCAAACCUACACAUUCCCAAACUCUGCCCUCGAAUCUUUCGAGACAUUCCCCUAGCCUUUAUUCCUCCCAUGUUUCCGACGUUUUCUUUUUUCAAAUAUCAAAAUGAUACCACUAGAAAAGCUCCUUUUUGUGUGUUUUCGUUUCUUUCAUGAUUCACCGCGAUGCACAAAGCAAGCCUGUCCUUUUCUCCACAUCUGAGCUUUUAGCCAAAACUAAUACCCCGAUACACCUCUCUCGCGCUCUUCGAAAUUUCCAUUCUUAUCAGUGGGGAAAGAGCCAGUCGACGUGUGCGCAAUGGGGACAACCGGUGGUGAUUUAGCCGGAAGGAUUCGUGCGUAGUGUUCCCGGGCUGGUUCUCCCUUUGCCUGGAGGAGUGGGUCUGAGCCCCCGGGGAAACCAGCAAGGGCUCGCGCUUGCAAUGGAGCGGUCUUUUCAGAACGAUGCCUCGAGAAACAUCGUCCGGGUGCGGUUUCUCGGUGAGAUAGCUCCCUGGUCCGGGUAGCCUUUUUGGAAACCCGGUGGUUCCGGUCGGUGUUGAAAAUUUGCUACGUACCUAUCUACCGUCCUGCCGACCCGAUACUCUAGGAAAGAAUAAUGCCCAGGCAAACAGUUUUUCUACA